AUGAAUCCCGAAAGUCCUCAGCGGAAGCCACCUAGUCCUCGAUCUUGUACCGAGGUAAUGUCUUUGCAAAAUAAUCGACGUCGAAAUCAAGAAGCCCUUGAGAGAGGCCUUCAAUGUCGAAGAUCUGUUAAGGAUCUCGUAAAUCAAGGAAUUUUGCUCAAUCCGACAAUAUGUAACCCGGUUAAGGUUAAGCAGUUACAGCGGCAAAAGACUGCUGAUAUGCUGAAACGCAAAAUUGAAAAACGUCCAGAUAAACAAGUUUUAAUUAAUCAUCGAAUUUUGAAACCUGAUGAAACGGGCACUUCUGCGUUUAUCCAGGAACGUUGCCAUGCUUUAACAAAGAACCAGUUAUGUGAAUCCUUAAAUAGCAAGCUUGAACGCCGGCCCGGAAGUUUGGAAUUAGUUGAGAAGGGUGUUCUCCAGGUCGAUCCUGGUGUAGCAAAUUUAAUCCGUGGAGGGUCUAUCCCUUAUCCCAGAGUUGCCUCUACUUCUCCUAUUCAAUUAUAUACGGUUCCGGAAAACGAAUCUGUUAUGAACCCUCCUUCUCCACCUCCUCCUCCGUCGGAUUUCUCGAAAAAUUCCUCGCGAAAUUCUGUCUUUGGAGGUGGGAAGUCAAAAACUCCAAGCCGGUCUCUAAAAGAUGAGACAGUCAUUAGUCGUUAUGGUUCCCUUGUCUUUCAUAAUUACCGACCUUCAUCAGCUUCGAGUUCGAAUUCUCCUAGCCUUAGAGCGGAUAAGCCAACUCCUACUGAACGUCUUCCAAAACACCGAGCUAGAGAGGUUCAACAAGCGGAAUUGCUGAAUCUGGAGGAUGCAGCCCAGGUUCACCGCAAAGUUGGUCAGGAGAUUUGUCAGCUGAAAGGCUGCCCACCGCAUAAAAUUGCUCAAAAUACAAAUGAACAACAACAACAACAGACAAAUGUAAGUCAGCAGCAGAUCUUCGGUACGGUUUUGGCUGCUGCUCAAUCCCGACCUCCCCAUCCUCAGCAGCAAUGCUUCCUUAUUUCAACUCCAGCCACCCAACAAACUCCCGCUUCAGUUACUAUGGUUACAUCCCCUCAACCUUCUUCCACUCAAUCGGUUCAACUAUCUCAACCCCCUCCUGCUCAAAUAAACUUUCCGCAAAUAUUCUCCAACCAACCGAUUUUCGGUGAGUUCUUUUCUGUUUUUGCCCAUGUUCUUGACUUAUUUGAUUUAUCUUUUUUUGAAAUCCAUGCCAGUCUGUCUUGUGUAUUUGGUUUGGCUUCUUGA